GGAACAAACAUAUGUUGUUUGUCCAUUUGGAUCAAAAACAGUAGCAAGAGGAGCUGUUCAACGUAGAGUCAGUGCCAGUGGGCCUGGUCACUUAGAACUUCUCCAGAAAAAUCUUUGUCUCGUAGGACCACUACAUCAACUUGGCAGUAGAGACCAUGGCCCGCUAAUAUUGUUUGUGCAUCUUUCCGAGUGAAUCCACGAUGGCCAGCACGGCCGUCCAGCUUCUCGGCUUCUUCUUUGGACUUUUGGGCUUCGCGGGAACUGUUGUCGCGACCCUGCUCCCCCACUGGCGCAACAUAGCCUACAUGGGCUCUAACAUCAUCACAGCAACGGGCUACAUGAAAGGCCUGUGGAUGGAGUGUGUGUGGCACAGCACCGGCAUUUACCAGUGUGAGCUGUACAGAUCUCUGCUGGCCCUGCCACAAGACCUUCAGGCUGCCCGGGCACUCAUGGUGCUCUCCUGCAUCACCUCAGUCCUGGCAUCUAUGGUGGCUGUGAUGGGAAUGAAGUGCACCCGCUUUGCCAGACGUUCAGUGAUCAAAUCCCUCCUGGUCCUGAGCGGGGGGAUUUGUUUCCUCUGCGCUGGCCUUCUCUGCCUGGUCACUGUGUCCUGGACCACCAGUGAUGUCAUCAGAGAGUUCAACGACCCCUUCCUCCCCAGCGGGCUGAAGUACGAGAUCGGCCUGGCCGUGUAUCUGGGCUACGCCUCGGCCUGCCUCAGCCUGACCGGGGGUCUGGUGCUGUGCUGGAGCAGCGGCGGCGGCGACAGGCUGCAGAACCCACCCCGCUUCCAAAGGAGGCCGCCUUCAUCCCCUCCACCGCCAUUCAACAAUUUCUACACCCCUGCUCCGCCCUACAAGCCCCCCGAAGCCCUCAAAGACAAUCGCGCACCCUCACUUUGCUCCCUCUCCAGCAACGGUUACAGGCUCAACAACUACGUCUGAAAGUAUGGAGACUUAAACAGAACAAUAACUGUGAGACCACAAGCUCUGCUUAUGAAAAAGCCUCUGCUUAGACCAGAACUGUCCUCUGAUCAGCGAAUAACUCACUUUGUUCUAUUUUUACAUGCACCUUUUCACUCCCUGCAAACCUGAAAGAAUAACAGAUACAUCAUGUUACCAUUUCCUACUAGAAGGUUUAUGUUUUCGUUGAAGGAUAGAUGCAGAGAAUUUGACUAAACUGAUAGAUACGCAAAUACACAAAACUCUGUGUAGGGAAGAGGGGAACUGGCAUCUCCGGCACUGCUGCGCUGUAUCUUAAGGACCAGAAGAUGGCGCUAUGUGACAGGAAAAAAGUCAAUGAGAAAAAAAAAGAAUGUAAAUAACAGUUUAUGUUAAUGUGUAAGCAGCUGAGCUGUUUCCUUAGAUGUUGUGCCACUUUCUUGUUAGCUUUUAUUCCAAAACCAGAAAACUUUGAUUAUGCAAUAAUUAGCCUGUUUAAAUCAUUUUCUUACUAAAGAAUUAAACGGUUAAAGGGAUUCUGUUGUGUAGGUGCUCUGUUACUGAGAAGAUCAGCAGACAGUUCACUGAGAAAGAAGCCUGAAAAAAGCACUUUUUGUAAAUGAGAGUCACAUUUUGACAAAAACUCA